AUGGCGGGAGGCGGUUGGCGUCGAAGCGCCGCGCGCUUGCGCACUCUGCGCAUCUUGUUGAGGGACACAACUCGCGCGCUUCACGAAGUUCAAGAUAUAUUGGCUUUCGAUCCAGAAAUAACGACAACAGUAGAACACAUCGGCAACCAAUCGACCAGACCAACUGCUCUUGUUAUACUGGGUACCAGUGCUACUGCGAAGGCGCGACUGUUACACUGUAUCCUGGGGCGACGUCUGCUUCCGGAUCCAUUGCCUAGAGGAUGUCGUUGGUUACGUAUUCAGUACGGGUCAAGCACUCAAGUGCACUUGACGCUGGGCACUUCAGAGUUCGAGCUGGUCGAGGAGUUGGAGUGCAAUCGACAGCCGUGGGACACUUUGCCACUUCAGGAUUUACUUCGACAAGACAGUACAGAUGUCACCACACUCCUGGAGAUCGAGUUAAACAAUUCAUUUCUCAAAGAUGGUCUCCGGAUAGUCAUACCACCAGAUCUCGAGAUAGACCCUGGACCGAUCAGCUCCCAAACGCUCAAGGAAACUCACGCUGAAUUCUAUCAAAAACGAGAUAGCAUUUUACGAAACUACUCUCCCAUUUAUCUGUACGCACUAGAUCGACACGGAAGGAAUAUUUUUAAUGAGACUAUCAACAGAAUGUCGGUGUCGAAAAGCGAUGAAGACUUUUGGACGACGUUCAAUCUGUAUAGCGUUAAUAAAGUGGAAAAGGUGGAGAAGGCUGAGGAAUUAGUGUGGAAAGAGAAUCAGGAAGCGUCGGUUUUUAACUCCGAGAACUGUCUCGACUUCCAGCAAAUCAAAGAAAUCAAUCCCAACUCGCAGAUCCUUUUCGUUCUUUUCGCUGACAGCGAGUGUGAAGACCGGCGAAUGGAAGUGAACGACGCGACCGAGUCGACCGAGUCACCUUAUCGGAGUGAAGAGUUGCCGGAGUCAGAUCGAGAUUUGCAGAGAGAGGGGGUGUUGCAACGCGCAGAAGAAUGUCCAGCAACGAAAGCCAUGGAAAUACGAUCUCAAGAAGAAAAAAUAGCGUUCAUGAAUGAGCUGCUUGAUCAGUGGGAAGUUAUAUCCAAUCCACCAGCAAAGCAUCAUGUCAAAUCACAAUGGGUGAUCCUCGACGAUGCAGAUAUACUCAAAAACAUAGACAAAGCAGGUCCAGAGGUGGAGAAACGAAAGAAGGAGCCUGUCGCAAGAACAGUGAAGAGCAGAACUGUGCUUUUAAACAAUGUGCUUAAAUUCGCGACGGAGAGCGCUCAAAGUUCUCUGUUGGAUCAUUGCUCUGUGUUGAGUGAGAUCCACGUAAAAGUACUCCAACAGCUGAUUCUGUCGUCGUUCGAUUUGGCGAGAGAGUUACAAGUUGUGCCCAAGAAGAUACAGUACGUUGCCAAGCAAGAACAGCAUUUGUACCAGACUAUAAAUGACAAGUUCUCGGAGGGCGACAAGAAACAGGAAUUACUGAAGAUAAUGCAAGAGGUUCUUCAGGAGAUGAAGUAUGAAAUACACAAUAUGGAUUGGAGUGUUGAUGAUCUCCCAUGCCAUCAAGAUAGGCAGUUUAUGGUGUCGAAUUCAAUAUUUUACACCAACCGACAUACACCCAGCAUAUCCAUACGGUUGAACCAGAUAAACCGUCCAUAUCUGAACCAAAGCGGUUCUCAAUUAACGCCGAACGACUCGCCCAUAUCGAACAAAGGAAAAGAUUUUGAGAGGACCGAGUCGAAUCUUUUGAGCGAGGACAACGUUAAUUUGUCGGACGUGGAGGAAGCGUUGUCGUACGACAGUUUUAAUAUGGACGAUUACGAUAUCGUGACGUCGAAUGAGGAAAGUUUCGGAGCUAGUCAGAGUUUUGGGUUCCAGAAUAAUGCAGAAGAACCACUCAGCAGGACAAUACCAAUAGAGAAUGAGAAUGAGUCUGUCUCGCUCUCGCAAGCAUGGCGCAGUGUGCGUAGCACGACAUCCACCUGCUCAAAUACUUCGCUAUCCACCAAGCAAGCCUCGCUCGACGUCCAGAGAACAGUUCUAUCAAAACUUAGUCACAAGAUAAGUUUGAAACUAGUUAAGUUUGUGGACUGUUUGAAAGACACAUACUUCGGCACACUACAAAGGUGUCUCGAAUCCUUAGAAUCCUGCUGUCGCGAAGAAUUGGGUGGGAGGCCAGCGAGCGAGGCCAUGCGACAGGUGGUGUCCGUAGCACGGCAGGUAGAUCUCCAGCCUUGCGCUUCCUUCUGUAUGUUGCGAAGCCUCUUGGAGUCCUUACGAAGGUUCUUCCAUAAGUUACGUGUAGUAGCUGGAGACGCGGACGACGCCUGCUGUGUCCUAAGUCCAGUGUGGAGGAGACAGGUCGCUCUACAUACGCUGGCCUCCUUGUCGACUCACAAGCUAGCUAAACUUAUCUCGUCUCAGAUUCUCGAUAGACUGAGCGUAGCCCACGAAAAGUAUCAAUCGGCUUUGACGUCGCUAGAGGGCGCUCUCACCAGUCGUCUGCAUCAUACUGAAGAUGUGAAAUUGACGAUACGGAAAAAAUUUGCGCCAUUGUUUGCCCGUCUUUGUCUAGAAAGUACUUCGAUGUGUGACCUGCUUAUGUAUGGUGUUCCAGAUUUAGGACGAGAAAUCGGCCGUGGACAGUACGGUGUUGUGUACGCGGUGCGCGGCUCUUGGGCCGGCAUGUCACCCGUGGCUGCUAAAUCUGUUUUGCCUGCCGAUGACAGGCAUUACCACGAGCUGGCUAUGGAAUUCUUUUACACCAGAAGUAUUCCCCCCCACCCGCGGAUAGUCCGUCUACUUGGCUCUCUAGUGCAGCGUAGUGGUUCCGGCCCAGGUGGUGCUUCAGGUGUUGGUGUCAUUUUGGUCUCCCAACGAUGGAGUCGGGAUCUUCAUACAGCUGUUCGUGCUGGACUAAACUUUGCUCAGCGCAUGAGGAUCGGUUGUGACAUCGUUGAGGGUAUCCGCUACCUACACUCAGUGGGUCUUGUACACCGCGAUAUAAAGCUGAAGAACGUUCUCCUUGACAACGAUAACAGAGCUGCUCUAUCUGACCUUGGGUUCUGCGCAGCGGGUGCUUUGGUGUCUGGAUCCCUGGUCGGGACUCCGGUUCACAUGGCGCCUGAAUUGCUCGGUGGACGGUAUCAUAGCGCCGUCGAUGUAUAUGCUUUUGGAAUAUUGUUUUGGUAUCUUUGUGCUGGUAAUAUUCGUCUACCCUCAGCUUUUGAGACUUUCCAGAAUAAGGAACAGCUCUGGAGUAAAGUAAAACGAGGUCUACGACCAGAACGGUUACCACAAUUCUCGGACGCGUGUUGGGAGAUUAUGGAGUUGUGCUGGGCUACAGAGCCGUCGCAACGUGCGUUAUUGGGUGACAUACAGCCUAAAAUAGAGGCGAUCCUUUGUCAAGCACUGAGCGAAGACCAAGAAGUUCCACACCAACGUAUUUCGGUAUCGGAAGAUGAUAGUCUGAACAUGACGGGACUUAGUUAA